AUGAAAACAAAAGAUGCCAAACCGGGGCGGGUGUGGGAGAUAUCUGAACUGCUUGCUGAAGAGGACCAUCUGAGUCAGCAAGUCAAAGAAUACUUCUCUCCUACAGGCUUCCAUCAUAUUUUCAUCUCUGCCAAAUCCAGCAUGAUCGCUCAAACACUUUACAUAGGUCGUCGUUUGGAUCGUCUACUUCAUCGGUACCACAGUAUGUCGCAAACCGGCCUCGCUAAGAAUCCCGGUGAACUCUGGUUGCAUGGGAUUGGUCCACGAGCUAUUGAACGUUGUGUUGACCUGGCAUUGCAUCUGGAAAACCGCCUUUACCCCGGUCACAUUUCGACCUCUGUCCGAACGAGUACUUGUGCAACAAUUCGCCAGGCGAUUGCGGCCGUGGAACCGGGCUCUGUAUCUAUCACUGAACAGGAGCAACCUAAAUCCGCUAUUCAUAUUCAACUACGCUUGAUACCAACACGUGGUUAAAUCGUCGGAGAACACCUCCGCAAUAUGUCAUGCAAUUUAUAGUAUUUUCUGACAGCUUGGAACGUUGUUUUUACCAUUAGUUUUCUAUAUGAAUACAAACUAAUUCAAAAUGGGUCUGUUCUUGUUAAUGACGCUUCUCAAACAUGAGUGAAAAGGCCUUUUGAUCUUGGUUAAGUUGUGGUUGGCAUCCCAUGAAGUUGGCAAUUCCGCCUGUAUAUGAGUGAAAAUGGGCUUUUGUGCCUCUUUUUCUCAUUCUUUGGUCGUCUGUAAAGUUUCUGCUGCAGAUGUCAUCGUUACCCGCACAACUAUAAGUCUUCACUUGGACCAAUCAUCACUAAUACUCCUGUGACUUAUAGCUAUGGCCGUACGAGUUAAUUGGACGUAACUGAAUCCAUACCUGAAAUGAG